CUUCUUUUUUCAACUUGAGCUCAACUAGUCAGAAACAACUUUUCUUCUUUUCAACUCUUUUUUCUUUCUUUACACUGCGUCAUCAUUUACCCUGUCCAUUCACUAUAAACUCUUCCUACCUGACACUUGAAAAAUGAAUGUCACCAGCACACAUACAACACCAUUUCUACCCUCUCGCUCGCCUUACCGAAUGCGAGACUCACAGCUAUCAACCAGAUCAAAAACUCAAGAUUCUGGCUUCAAGAGAGAUGGAGUCAAUUUUCGAAAGAAUUAGACAAUAUGUGGACUUACAAACCGAUAGAUUUUAGAGAUAGUAGCAGUAGUAGCAGCUACAACUCAUUACAUUUGGAGAUAUCCAGAUCAAACAGUGUGGCGUCUUAUAAUAAAUUAAGAUCAGCGUCAUCCACGCUUUUGUCAUCAUUUUCAACCCAACUUUUAAUAUCACAGGCCAUAUUGGAUUCAAAUGACUUUUCUAUUCUACCAUUUCAGAAACUGGAAAACCUGAAACAUGAGCUAGUUAGUAAUCAGGAGCAUAUUUCACAUAUCAAACGAAAUUUAGAAUUAGAAAAUCGUAUCCACAAAAUAGCAAAAUCCCUUGACAGAUUCAAUUAUACAAAUACAGGUCGAACGUCUGCUGCAUUACAGCAAUUUCAGCAUCGUUUGAAGUCUCGAGAGACUGAAGAUUCAAGCAAAGUGGAAUACUUGACAGGUCGGCUUGAAGAACUGAAUCAAAGACAAAUAGACAUACAAGUUUUGAUAUUGAAGCAUACAGCAGCUGUCCUUAAUAAAGGCUUACAUUUAUCUACUAAUCAAAUUCCCAACUCACCAACUACCGUCUAUCAUACGAAUCAUCAGCAAAGAGAACUAACACUAGACAUGAUUCUGACAAAAAUCGAUCAUUUAUGCAGGUCAUAUCGCAUUACCAUUGUCCCAACAGCGAGCACUGCUCAGAAGUUGCAUCAAUUAAGUCAGUAUCUAAUGACUCCUUCCCAAUUGCCUUCUGACAACCAUAAGAAACAAAGUGAUAUAGCAAUUUUGAAUAAAGAAAAGAAUCAACUCAUAUCGAGAUUGAUCAAAUUAGAACAUAUGGCUGAUAGACUAUUGUCACGAAUUUCGCAUUACCCUGAACGUGAACGGGCCCUUCAGGUAGAAUUACUGCAGUAUAAAUCAGAAGCGACUGAAAUACAACUGAUGAGGGUUCAUCAAGAAAAGCGUAGAGAGGUUGAAGCCUUGACUAUUGCCCUAAAUCAACGGAAGCAACAACAAAGUAAUCGAAAACUGGCUUGCUUUCAUCAACAGUUCAAAAGUCAAGCCGAUGACUACCAACAGCAUAUUAACGAACAAGCCUUUUUAAUUCGCACAAAGACUGAGCAAUCAAAACAAUUAAAAGAGAAAUGCUAUCAAUUAACAAUUCAAAGCAACAGAUUAGAUCGGUUAGUAAGAGAUAAAGCAAGAGAAUUGGAUGAACGAGAUAACAAAAUAACAAGUCUCAGCGAUGAAUUGCGAUAUUUCAAGCAGCAACAACAACCGCAACAACAACCUUUCGCAAACACUUCUCCUACUGCAGCAAGUAAAUUGCUCUCAACGAAGGAAGCGUACCAUCAAUUUCAGCAAAAAGAACAGCACUGGCAAAUACACACAGAUAUGCUACAACAUCGAUCUGAUGAUUUAUUAAAUCAAUUUGACAUACUUACAAAUCAAGCAAUGGAAUUUGAUGCAACACGGAUGAAAUAUGAUAAGCAUAUUGACCAUUUAAGGCGACAUAUUCGUGAUUUAGAAAUACAGCUGAUAGAUGAGCAAGUGGAUACGCUUGGACAUCAAGAGAAGGGGUAUCAGCCUGUCAAUAAUACAGUGGCUCUACGUAAGGAGUUCCGAUCGUUGGUAGCGUAUCUAAAGGAGAGUCAUCAGAAAAAGAUGCAGAAAGAGGCAAAUGAGAUUGACAAAUUGAGAAAGCAGUUAUACGACUUGAGAAACGAACAGCAUUCAUCGGUCAGCAACUCAGCAAUGGAGAAAAAACAAUGCUCUACAUCCACACAAACGUAGAACAUCUCGUCGUCUUGAUCUAUCUUUAUAUUUACUUUUUAAUAUGUAUUCUUAUUUAAUGUAUUCCGGAUAAUGUAAAGAGAACUUUAUGUUGCAUUCAAUCUGAAAUAUUUCGAAUAAUAGUCAGGUGAUUGUUAACCAAACAGUUGCGGCGAGAUUAAACGGUUUUAAACAAUCAAAAUACAUAUAUGAG